CCCAACAAGAUCCUAGUUCCGGUUCCGCCAACACACGGUUUAUUGAUGAGUCCACAGUUUCCGGACUUUGACGUGAAAAAACUCUAAACUUCAAAAAUGGCAUUUUCAAGUCUUUCAUUACCACCACUUCCAUUACUAUUCCAUCAUCAAAAACCAAACCUUCCAUUUUUAACUUCAAAUUUCCAAACCUCAUUUGACUAUUUUCCUCAAUUGUCAACUCUAAACCCUAAACAUCAUCAAAAAAUGUCAAGAACAUCAUCAAUGAAAGUACAAGGAUCAGUUAAUGAUCUUGGAAUUGUUGAAAGAACAAUUCAAUUGGUUCAAUCUUCACCACCCACGUGGCAAUCUGCUUUGCUAAGUAACAUUAUUAUCUUCACUGUGGGUUCUCCACUUUUAGUAUCUGGUUUGUCACUUUCUGGUAUUGGAGCUGCUUUCUUGCUUGGUACUCUUACUUGGAGAGCUUUUGGUUCUAAUGGUUUUCUUCUUGUUGCCACAUAUUUCGUUAUUGGCACAGCUGCAACUAAGGUGAAAAUGGCUCAGAAAGAGGCUCAAGGGGUUGCAGAGAAGAAGAAAGGAAGGAGAGGACCUGGAAGCGUGAUCGGCUCUAGUGCAGCCGGUUGUGUUUGUGCAUUCUUAUCAAUUAAUGGUGUUGGUGGGGAGGCAUUUACUCACCUGUGGGUACUUGCAUUUGUAGCCAGUUUCUGUACCAAGUUGAGCGAUACUGUCUCGAGCGAGAUAGGAAAGGCAUAUGGUAAAACUACGUAUCUUGUCACCAACUUCAAGGUUGUGCCACGGGGUACUGAAGGGGCUGUGAGUGCUGAGGGAACCAUAGCUGGGCUUCUUGCUUCAGUUCUCCUUGCUUUUGUUGGUUAUGUAACGGGUCAGAUUAACGUACCUGGGGCUGCAAUUUGUGUAAUAGCUGCCCAGAUAGCAAACAUUGGCGAAAGUCUAAUAGGCGCUUCACUUCAAGACAAAAAAGGAUUCAGUUGGCUCAACAAUGAUGUUGUCAAUGUCAUCAACAUAUCCUUGGGAAGUAUUUUUGCCGUCCUAAUGCAGAAAGUAAUAUUCCAAAGUUAGCAAACUUAAUUUAUGCACAUACUUGGAGCAUGAGCUUGAAUUGUCGCGUUCCAUUGCAUACUGUUGUAGAUCAUAUUCUCGAGAUGCAAAAGAGAUAAGUAACGGGACUUACAGGUGGACAAUGCCAUCCGAGCCAGAAAUGAAGACUUGCGUAGAUAUUUAUUUUACUGUUAUGGUUGAGAAACAAUUCUGAUAAAUUCUCCCCUCAAAUUUACUGAAUUGUUUCAGUGUCAAUGUAUUGUUUCCAACAGUCAUGUCGCAGGAUUUUCAGUAUUGCACAGUUUUAUGUUUGUUACUUACUAAUUGUUUAUGUAAGAUCCAAUUGUCUGCACUUGUAGAUUAGUAGUUUACUAAUUUGAAUAGUAGUGUCAGAGACUCAGUACUGAUGUAAUCUUAGUCAUAGUAACAGAAGCAUUUUUCUACUUUC